AUGCUGAUCAAUCUCGUACGUGAUUCCGUGUUGCAGUGCUUCUGCCACAGCUGCAAGGCGCCUCUGAGCGUUGUAGCUGGUCACAAAAAAAGCAAACUACCGACGAAGAAACCAAGCGGAAAAGGAAAAGCACGUACUAAACAACCAAAGAAAGUUAAAUUUAUUACUACUGAAAUCCGGUGUCAAGAGCAAUCAAAGGGUGGAUUAUGUUACGAAGUAAUUUUGGCUGAGCCAACUGGUGCUAAGCGUGCACCAUCACCGCAACGUUCCCAGCCAUCGCCAACUCAACAGUCGGCUAUCGAGGAGAAGUUGAAAGCUGCUGAAGAGAGAAGACUCUCUUUAGAAGCUCACAAAUUGGCUAGCUUGGCAGCACAGCUGAGCAAGAUAGAAGAAACUGCGCGUAAGAAGGAUGAAAUUACUGCAGCGUUCAUGACUGCUACUCGUGAGUCACUUGAUGCUAAGAUGAACAGCUCUGAAGAGAAACGUGAAGCUCAUAUGAGCGAACUCAAGAGCAAGCUAAAAGAACAUCUGGAGACAGUUGAAAAGACCCGUUUGAAUCUGGAGCAGCAGACUAGAGAAGUGCGAGCUGCAGUUGAAGAAAAACUCAAGACUGCUGCUGCACAGCGUGAUGAAAAUAUUAAAAAAAUGCUUGAUCGUCUUAAGGAGCACGAGGACCAAGUUAUUAGAGUUAGACAAGGGAUGACUGAGCGAGCUCAAAAUUUGGAGACUCAAAUUCAGGGUAAGCUAGAUCAAGCUCGCGAACGUCGUGAGAUUCGAGAGCGAGAGCAAAAGGAGAAACUUCGCAAUCACAAUACGGUGAAGCUAGCGAGAGUACGCGAAACCGCAGACGUUAUUGCCAUGAGGGAGCUUGAGGCGAAAAAACGUGAAAUUGACAUGAAGGUCUCGAUCGCGGAAGAAAAUCGACAGCGCGAGAUUCAACGUCGACUUCAAGCUAUUCGCCAACAUGAGAGGCGCGCAGAGCUGGUCAGACAAAACAAGCAAAACAAAACCAAUGGGGCGGAUCAAGAAAAAAAAUCAGAUGAGAGUGCCUUAAACAUUAAUAAUGAAACUGCUAGCUCUGGUUAA